AUAUCACGAUGAGAUAAGGGCAUUUAUUUAAACUCGCCUUCAACAGCCAAUAUUAAGCCCAAGAUAGCGUGACUCAUACGCGGUUCGGUUCCGUCGGAGCAGCAGAUACAGAGUAAGGAGAGCGCGCCUGGAUUCGGAGCACAAGCUAUAGUAACGGUAUUCAUCUAAAAUUGGGAACUGCAUCCGUGUUCAGAGUAAGGAGAUGGGAUCUGAAGGACCAAAGACUGUUACCGUUCAUGUAACUGGAUUUAAGAAGUUCCAGGGAGUUGCUGAAAAUCCUACAGAGAUUAUGGUCAACAAUUUAAAAGCUUUUGUUGAAAAAAGAGGGUUGCCUGCAGAGAUUACUCUGGGCAGUUUCACUGUUCUUGAGACUGCUGGUGACGGCGCACUGCCCUUGCUUUACAAAACCUUGGAAUCCAGUAUCUCGAAGACGGGUGCAAUGAGCAACGAUCAGGUCGUAUGGCUUCAUUUUGGGGUGAAUAGUGGGGCUCCAAAAUUUGCCAUUGAACGACAGGCGGUAAAUGAAGCCACUUUCCUUUGUCCAGACGAGCUGGGAUGGCAACCUCAGCAACAACCUAUAGUCCCACAGGAUGGAGGAACUUCGCGGGUGAGAGAGACUUGUUGCUCAGUCGAUGCAAUAGUGAAGUUCUUGAAGAAGAAGGGUCAUGAUGUAUCAAUAUCCAACGACGCUGGGCGUUUUGUAUGCAAUUAUGUCUACUAUCACUCGAUGCGGUUUGCAGAAGAAAAGGGUUACAAAUCUCUUUUUGUACAUGUUCCACCCUUCUCAAGAAUUGAUGAAGAAACCCAGAUGCAAUUUGUAGCUUCACUUUUGGAGGCUAUUGCAUCUACAUGUUAAUAAUAUGUAGAUGCAUAUUUAAUCCUUGUGGUUAUGUCUAUUUCGUGCUGCUGAUUGUCUAUCGAUUUCAUCAAUGCCAGUAUAAAUAGUAACUGAAAUGAACUUGUAUAAUAAUGUGAGGCAAAUGGUGGUUCCUUCUCCUUGUACAGAUGUGCUGCUCUCCACUGUAUCAUG